CCCAGCAUGUAUCCGGAAGUCGCACGUGGGACGAUCUCGUGGCAUUGUUUGUUGACGCCAUAUUGACCUAUCAUUGGGAGAAGGAGAGGUUGACUUGAAUGGGCGUAUAAGCCAACCAUGAGCGAUGAGGAUAGAGAUGUAGAGAUAGAGAGUGAUGAAGAUGACGACGAACUAGGGGGGUCAAUUAACUCUGAUGGAACUGCUACACAGUUUAUGAGCCAGGCUGAAAAAAGGGCUCACCACAAUGCAUUGGAGAGGAAACGCCGUGACCACAUCAAAGAUAGUUUUCAUAGUCUCAGGGACUCAGUGCCAUCACUUCAAGGGGAAAAGGUUAAUGUAUCUAGAGCUCAAAUCCUUAAAAAGGCAGCAGAUUAUAUUUCUUUUAUGAGAAGGAAGAAUCAUAGUCAUCAACAAGAUAUAGAUGAUCUCAAAAAACAUAAUGCUAUUCUAGAGCAACAAAUUCGAGCUUUAGAGAAAGCUAAAAGCACGGGACAGUUUGCUGUGUCAUCAGCUGUUAACGCACAAGCCGGAGCUUUUGAAGAAUCCGAAUCAGAAAGCUCCAUAGAUGGAGACAUCAGUCAUGGACGUCGCAAAAAGUUAAAAACAUCGGAUUAACGUUUAAGACAUUUUUAGCCCAAAGUUUACACAAUUGUGAAUGACGAUCUGUCAAACAGUGCAUCAUUAUUAAGAGUACUAGGAGAUUAAUUAGGUUAUUGGUGCAUGCAUGUUUGAAAGUUUUAAAAUCAUCCUUUGUUACAUAAUUUCACUAUGGAUCUGGGAAAAACUUCCAUAUACAAUUUUGUAUGCUGCAGUGAUUGACUUGAAAAUGUCGUCAUGAACAAAACUAUGUGAAAGGUGUUUACAUUGGAACCCCUACAUGGAAGAAAUAUUUGUAUAUAUAAAAAUUUUGUUUUUGUUUUUUACAUUAAUACAAAGAUAUAUAUGAUGUACAAGAUUUUUUCAUUGUUUUUUAAGUCAUAUAACCAAUUAAUUGUUUCUCAGUUAUUUACUGUAGGAUUUAUUCGGUGUGUACAUUUCAGGCUUUGGGAAAAUUAAGUGUGUUGUAAUCUGUUAAGUAUAUACCUUGAAACAGUUUUUACAACAAUAGUAGUUAAGAAAACAUAGAAGAUAAAUUACACCAUGUUCCUGUUUACUGAUAUUACAUGUAUUUUGAUCCCACCUAGGAUUUCUUUUAUAACUACUGAAGAUUUAAGUCCUCUUGAAAGAAAUAUUUAAAAAAGAAGAGUUGCUCUUACCCUUCAGACAAUGACCCCCACUGAAAUCCAGUUGAUGAAUGCUGACAACAGUGUUGUUUAUGUUAUACAAGUUUACAUGAAUUGUCAUUUUGUCUGUUAUCAUCUCUCCAUUGUUUAAUGUCAUAUGUAGCAAUAAAUAUGGAUUCGUACGAG